GCCCCAGGACACUCAUUCGGGAGCCCGAGGCGUCCAUAGUGUCGGACCCAGGCGUCCGGGACCUCUGUCCCGCGUCUUAAGAGACCCGCAAGUCCUGGCUCCCGCGCAGAGUCCGGGACCUGAUGCCCAGCGCCCCCUUCUGGAGGAGGCGGGGGCUCGGGAAGUCAGCCCCGAGGCUGGAGGCCGGUCCCGCGCCCGGCUUCGAAGACCGUAGGAUUUGUGGCCGUGCAUCCCUGCCAUGGGGUCCCAACUCUGAGUCCGAGACCCCCUCCUGGAGCCACUUGGGGACAGGAUCUCGCGCCUCGACUUAGGGCUGCAACAUCCAUCACCUCCAGGAGACCGAGAGUUAGCCAGUCCUUGCGGUCCCUCCCGGAGGUGACUUCAUCCCAGCCCCUCGGGUUCUGGAAACUCUGGAGUCCCGGUGCCCCCCGACAACACACAGCCCUACCUAGAAGACUGAGGAAUUUGGGUCCCCAGCGCCCUGUUCUGAGACUCGAGUAGAGGGUUGCAGCAUCUUCUAAUUAGAACACCGAGACUUCGGACUCCGGAUCCCAACUCUCCCCGGAUUCUGGAGUCCAAGAACCCCAAGUUCACGACCUUAAGCCUGGGUUGUGAGCCUCCCCCGGGACCGCGCGUUACCGUGCAGACGCGCGGGACUCCCGACCUCAAGGCCCGUGGCUCCCCGGGAGGUCCGAGUUGUGCCCCUCAGCCAUGCCAGAGGGAGCCCGGGGACUCAGCCUGUCCAAACCCAGCCUUAGGCUGGGGUGUGGUCACCAAGGUGAAGUUUGCGACUGCGCAGCUGUGAGUGAUACUCCAACAGCAGCUCCUGCAGCCCCCAACAUGGCUUCUCCAAGGGGCUCUGGCAGCUCCACCUCUUUGAGCACCGUGGGCUCUGAAGGGGACCCAUCUCCAGCCUGCUCAGCCUCCAGGCCAGAGCCCCUGCCAGAGCCCCCCAUACGCCUGCACCUGUCACCAGUGGGGAUCCAGGGGUCAGUGAAACUGUCCAUGCUGGAACGGGUGGCCAGGGAGAUUGUGGAGACAGAGCGGGCAUAUGUCCGGGACCUUCGCAGCAUCGUGGAGGAUUACCUGGGCCCUCUGAUGGAUGGCAGGGCCCUAGGGCUGAACGUGGAGCAGGUGGGCACUCUGUUUGCAAACAUCGAGGACAUCUAUGAGUUUAGCAGUGAGCUCCUGGAGGACUUGGAGGGCUGCAGCAGUGCAGGGGGCAUCGCCGAGUGCUUCGUGCAAAGGAGCGAAGAUUUUGACAUCUACACAUUGUACUGCAUGAACUACCCGAGCUCCCUGGCCCUGCUCCGAGAGCUGUCACUGUCCCCGCCAGCCACUGUGUGGCUGCAGGAGCGUCAGGCCCAGCUCCGUCACUCCCUGCCUCUGCAGAGCUUCUUGCUGAAGCCUGUUCAGCGCAUCCUGAAGUACCAUCUCCUGCUGCAGGAACUGGGCAAGCACUGGGCAGAAGGCCCAGACACCGGAGGGCGAGAGAUGGUGGAGGAAGCCAUCGUGUCCAUGACUGCAGUGGCCUGGUACAUCAAUGACAUGAAGCGCAAGCAAGAGCAUGCAGCACGCCUGCAGGAAGUGCAGCGGCGGCUGGGUGGCUGGACUGGCCCGGAGCUCAGUGCCUUUGGAGAGCUGGUCCUGGAAGGCACCUUCCGUGGGGGAGGCGGGGGAGGCCCAAGGCUUCGUGGGGGUGAGCGCCUGCUCUUCCUGUUCUCCCGGAUGCUGCUGGUAGCCAAGCGUCGGGGGCCUGAAUACACCUACAAGGGUCACAUCUUUUGUUGUAACCUGAGCGUAAGCGAGACUCCUCGAGAUCCCCUAGGAUUUAAGGUGUCAGACCUGACCAUCCCCAAGCACAGACACCUGUUUCAGGCCAAGAACCAAGAAGAGAAGCGGUUGUGGAUCCACUGUCUCCAGCGCCUCUUCUUCGAGAACCACCCGGCUUCCAUCCCUGCCAAGGCAAAGCAAGUUCUCUUGGAAAACAGCCUGCACUGUGCCCCCAAAAGCAAACACAUCCCAGAACCCCCAACAUCCCCUCUGGACUCUCCCCGACCUCGAGAUGCUCGAAGUUUUACCCCCAGCAGAAGGAACCCAGCUCCAUCUCCAAGACUUUCUGGCAGUCGCCGUGGCCGCAGGCAGUCUGGUGAGUGCCCACUCCUCAAAGGGGUCCCAGGAAUGCCAGGGAGCCUGGCCUCCUGAUAUCCUUUUUCCUUCCCCCUAGAGCCACCAAAGGACCCUUAUGUCAUUCUUCCCCAGAACGAUAAGCCUCAAGUCAAGCAUGCUGGCAGUGAAGGUGAACUCCAUCCCCCGUCUGAGUUGCAGCCACCAGUAUCUGCUCCUGGCCCCCCUGAAGACCUGGAGGAUGCUGGGCCCCCCACAUUGGACCCGUCGGGGACGUCCAUAACUGAGGAAAUUCUAGAACUGCUGAACCAGAGAGGCCUCAGGGACUCGGGGCCAGCCACCCACGACAUUCCCAAGUUCCCCAGAGACUCCAGGGUGCCCGUUGAAAGUGAAACCCUCCCGUUCCAAGCUCUGCCCAGCCGAGAGUCUUCGGAAGAGGAGGAGGAUGAAGAGCUGGAGAAAGAUGAACGGGAGCCUUCCCCGCUCCAUGUCUUAGAGGGGCUGGAAGGUUCCGGUGCAGCUGAAGUUCCCUGCAUUCCCAGCCUUCCGAAGAUUCCCAGUGACAUGCCCGACCUUCCAGAAAUUCCCGAGGCUCCCUGCCCUCCAAGUCUCUCUGACAUCCCUGGUGUUUUUGAGGUGCCCUGCCUUUCACCCAUGUCCAGUGUGCCUGACAUUCCCAGCUUGGCCAACACCCCUUCCUUCCCCUGUGGCUCCUGGCUCCCUGGACCCCUGCAGGAGGCAGCCCAGUCUCAAGCCACCAGGAGGGAACUGUUGACUGGGAGCAACCUGGGAAGACUGAGUGAGCCACCCUCAGAAAGCAGAGCCGGGCAGGAGGAAGACACAGAAGGCGUGUCCUUCCCAGCUGUGCAGACCCAGGAUGGCACCCCAGUCCAAGGAUUCCCGGAAGAACUGGAAUACCGCUCCUGUUCAGAAAUCCGGAGUGCCUGGCAAGCACUGGAGCAGGGGCAGCUGGCCCGGCCUGGCUUCCCAGAACCUCUGCUGAUCCUGGAGGACUCUGAUCUUAGUGGAGGCAGCACCAGUGGGAAGACAGGAAUGCCACAUUCAGAGCGGUCAGCGUCACGGGUGCGAGAGUUGGCUCGGCUCUACAGCGAGCGGAUCCAGCAGAUGCAGCGAGCUGAGACUAGGGCAUCCACCAAUGCACCCCGCCGCAGACCUCGAGUCCUGGCCCAACCCCAGCCAUGCCCUUGCCCACCCCAGGAAGAGGCUGAACCAGGGGCCCUGCCUGCAUUUGGACAUGUGCUUGUAUGUGAGCUGGCCUUCCCACUGAACUGUGCCCAGGAGUCUGUCCCUCUGGGCCCUGCUGCUCUGGUUCAAGCUGCCACACCUUUGUGUACACAAGGAGAUGACCUGAGUGGCCAGAGUCUGACUGUUUCAGAUUUGCCCAAGCAAGGCCAUCUGAGUAAUAACUGCAUUCCACCUCCUGUCCCUUUGCCUGGGCAAAGCAACUUCCAGAGCCUCCAGGGUCCAUCUGCAUCCCUUUUGCCCAAGCAAGACCCUCCAGAUGUUCAGCUCCCAACUGCCUCAACCCUGCCUGAUACAGGCCAGCUGCAAGUUCCAGCUGCCGCUCCUUCAACUGAGCGUAGAAACUAUGUGGAGAUCCAGGUUCAGUCCACCACCACUUCCCUUCCUGGCCAAGAGUGUCCGGCAGACUUUCAGAUGCCAACCACUGCGGCAUUGCCCAGGCAAGAAGGUCAUGAAGACAGCCGAAGCCCAAACAAUGCUCCAGGAGCCGAGCGAAGAGAUGUCGGCGUCGAUCAGGGCCCCACUGCUGUUGAUGGCCAAGCUGUCAGCCCUCUGCCAGCGUGCACAAGCAGCCCUGACCAUCAGAUCCCAGCCACCCCGCUGCCAUUGUCACCUGACGUCCCAGACAUGGAGGGUGCUGGUGCCUUACCUCUGCCCGCACAGCAAGGUCAUCCAGACUGCUGCGUCCCAUGCAACCCUCUACCAUCUCUGCCCCAAGACGUUCAGACGCCAACCGCCAUCCCCAUGUCCCAGCCUCAAGGCCUUACAGACGUCAGGGCCAAAGUGCCCCCGUCUUUCCCCACACAGGAGGAAGCUCCAGCGUUUCUGGGUCCAGAGCCCAGCCUCACAGACACCCCAGCUCCCAGACUCUUACCUUCACCAGGCCAACAGAACACCACAGAUGGCCAUGUUUCAACAGCUGCCGUGCCUUGCCCUGAACAAGGAUGCCCUCAAGAUCUUCAAGGCCUAGUGACUUCCCCGGUCCAGACGACCGUGGAGUUAUCCAAACCAAGGGGUUUAGUCUCUCGGGUUGCCACGUCAGAGUCUCUGGACUUGACCCCGCCACAUAGCCCCUCGCUCUCCACUCGCCAGCUCCUGGGCCCCAGCGCAGCUGCCCUCUCAAGGUACCUGGCAGCUUCGUACAUCAGCCAGAGCUUGGCUCGGCGCCAGGGCCCUGGGGGAGAGGGCAUGGCAGCCUCCCAGGGUCACUGGUCCUCCUCUGCCCCCACAUCACGGGCACCUUCACCCCCACCUCAGCCCCAGCCCCCAGCUCCUCCAGCCAGGAGGCUCAGCUAUGCGACCACAGUGAGCAUUCAGGUAGGAGGUGGUGGGCGGCUACGACCAGCUAGAGCUCAGGUCCGACUAAACCACCCUGCUCUCUUGGCAGCCCCCCACCCAGGAGCCUGCGGGCCUUCCCCAGGCCCAGGAGGCUCCUGAUGCUACUUUUCAUAUGUAAGCCUGGACACUGGCUUCAAGAACAUUCACCAGGUGCCCACCCAUCCCUAUGACAUCCAGAGUCUGGACAUGGGUCCAGAAGUGGCUGUAGCUUUCUAGCUCCAGGAAUCUGCCCACAGAUGGCCCUCCUGAGGGCGUGGUUAUUUUGUUAAUUAAUUUUAUAAAAUGCUGUGGUUUUGCCUUU